UUCUUUUAAACAGCAAAACCGCCUCCCUUCGUGACCACCCCACGUCUCAUCUCCCUAUAAAACCACGACUAGGGAAAUUUCAAAUAAAUAGAAAAUCAAUCAACAUCAACCCGAAAAAAGCAACCCUAACCAUCCUGACCCGAAUUUUAAAAUUUUAAUGCCCUUUUUUAUAAACGGAUCCAAAACAUGUCAAACUCCGAUGAACAGCCGCCGCAACGUGCGAAGACUGUCGUGAUCCGAUCUGUCUGGGCAGACAACUUGGAAGAAGAAUUUAAGCUGAUCCGAUCCGAAAUCGAUAGAUACCCGUUAAUCUCAAUGGACACGGAGUUUCCUGGCAUCGUUGUCCGUCCUGCCGCUGGAGAUCCGUAUAAUCGGCAUAGCGGCCCCAGGGCGCACUACUUGAGCCUCAAAGCAAACGUUGAUCUCUUAAACCUGAUCCAAAUCGGACUCACGAUCGCCGACGAGGAUGGGAAUUUACCCGAUCUAGGGCUUAAAGAUGUUGGGUUUAUUUGGGAGUUCAAUUUUAGGGAUUUUGAUGUGGCGCGUGAUGCACAUGCGCAUGACUCAGUGGAGUUAUUGAGGCGACAAGGGAUUGAUUUCGAGAAGAAUCGUGAGCUGGGGAUUGAUUCGGUGAAAUUCGCUGAGUUGAUGAUGUCGAGUGGGCUGGUGCUGAAUCACUCAGUGAGUUGGGUAACGUUUCACUGUGCAUAUGAUUUUGGUUACUUGGUGAAAUGUUUGACUCAGAAAGUGCUGCCUGAGGAGUUAAACGAGUUUUUCGAAAGAGUGAGGGUGUACUUUGGAGAUAGGGUUUAUGAUAUAAAGCACAUAAUGAGGUUUUGUGGGAAUUUACAUGGUGGAUUGGAUCGGGUAUGUAAGGAAUUGGGAGUGGAUCGGGUUAUAGGGAAGAGUCAUCAAGCUGGCUCAGAUAGUUUGUUGACAUUGCAUGCUUAUCUGAAGAUCAAAGAUAAGUAUUUCUUCAACGAUAAAGAUGACGGUGGAGGAGGAGGAGGAGGGUUAGACAAGUACGCCAAUGUUUUCUAUGGUUUAGAAUUGUUUGAUUGAUUCAUCUUUUUCUUUCGAAAGUUGGGUUUGUACAUUUUUUUUUUUCACUUUGAUAUCAAGUUCUAGUUGCAGUUCUCGAUCA